AUGAAAGGGGGCGUCAUUCCGCCGGCCGGCGGCCGGAGGAUGACGCAGCGCGCCCGUCUCCUGCUUUGGAGCUCACCCGCCCGGUUGCUGAAGGCGAAGCUGCUUCUGGCCAGCUGUGUUGUCUUCGCCGUUGUCCUCAUUAUGGGCCUCGCCUUUUCCGCUGCGAUCUGGCCACACCACUUCCCAGUCGAUGGCCAACCUCAAGCCAGGUCCGUCGAAGAACACCCUCCCCGCCGCUGCGCUCUUCCUUCUUUCCUUCCUUCUUUAACUCUCCUCUCACGGCUAUCAUUACGGAGACGGGUGUUACGUAUCGGUUGUUCCUUUCUCGUUUUCGCUCUGAUUCCCGAUGUGUGCGCUGUUCUCAACUCCGACGUUCUCAGGCCGUGUUAUAAUCACGAAGAUGAACACCGCUUCUCUGGCUAUCGUUCUCUCGGGAAGGAUUCAAGUUCCUGUUUGGUCUUCUGUGAUCUUUGAUUGAAAUGGUGUUCUCUAUUCCUUUGCAUUGCUUCUCUGGGAGCCGACUAAACGUUCGAGAUUUACUGUACGAAACGGAAGACUCCAUGGGUUACGGCCUCUCCUUUCAAAACUAGCUCAAGCAGGGAAUUCGACAGGGGGAGGAAGAGAUGACGAGGCUCACGUUCUUCUAUAAACCAAGCAUAUUAUAAUGCGGACAUGAACAGAGGAGAGCCUAACGCAGCAGCCUAGGCUCUUGCGCGCAAGAUCAUGACUGAUUGUCUUAAUCAAGUCGCGAGUUUUCCAGGGCCGAUAAAUUUCGUAGCACUCGUAUCUGGAUUUGUCGCCGGGUUGCGAUCCGUUCUCAAUGCCCAGCCAGUUUCGAUGGCCAUCGAGACUUUUCUGUCAUACCCAACAUCUUUUCUCAUUGAACUUUCCUUCAUCAUGUGACCGUUAGGUCCACACCGCGUGUGCCCGGAAGCAUUUCUUCUGCCAGAACGCGCGAACUGCGUAGAUUAUUGGAUACGAGUAUACAUGCAUAUAUAUUCACCGGAAUGUGUUCCACAGGAGGGGAUACACUAUCUUAAUCAAUACUUUUAAGAGGAACGAUCUCCUGAAGCAGUCUGUGGAGCAUUUCGCAUCCUGCUCCCGAGUUGACUCCAUCCACAUAAUUUGGAGCGAGGCCGAUCCCCCUUCCGAUUUCCUUCUGGCGUGUCUGAGGAGGGUUGCCCACAGGAACUCGAGAGAUGGCAGGAUCGUGGAAAUAGAGUUCGACUUGAAUGCAGAGGACAGCCUGAACAACCGAUUCAAAGACAUCCCCGAACUGAAGACGGAUGCGGUCUUGUCAGUCGACGACGACGUUCUUUUCCCCUGCGCCUCCGUGGACUUUGCUUUCGGCGUUUGGCAGAGCGCACCCGCGGCGAUGGUGGGAUUUGUUCCUCGUAUGCACUGGCUGUACAGAACGGUAUGGCAGUCCUUCAGGGGUCUAUUUCUAUUAUGAUAAUUUUAAAUCUUGCGCGUAUAUUACCUGGCCUUCAGAGGUCCGAUCAUCGUCGUGGAUCUUAAAUACUCAGACGGGAUGUUUCAUAUGCAGAGCGAUGGAGAGGAGUACUACAAGUAUGGUGGCUGGUGGACCGUCUGGUGGACGGGCACCUACAGUAUGGUUCUCACAAAAGCGGCCUUCUUCCAUAGAAAGUACCUGGGCUUGUACACGAACCACAUGCCGGCAGCUAUCCGAGAUUAUGUGACCAAAAACAGGUAUCUUUUCACAGCUUCAUGCCCGGCAGAAGAUCCUCUCGCUGGGGGACCUGCAAGAGCCGACAGUUUUCUUCUUCUUUAUUUUAUUGUGAUGGCAUUACUUCGUAGGAAUUGCGAGGACAUUGCAAUGUCUUUCCUGGUCGCUAAUGAGACGGCUAGUCCUCCUGUGUGGGUGAAAGGUAAGGGGCGAAAUAUCUGUUGACUUUUGCUUUAUUUUCAAUGUACUUAUCUUGAGCGCAUCAGGUAAGAACAGGUUCGAUUGGUGCGCGUCCCGAAUCUUAUUUCCUGGGUCUUGUGGGUAGUGGAGUCGGGGGGAAUCAGAGCCGUAGAUAGAAGCGUUUGAGAUUGGGGGAAAGGCAAAGAUCAUGAAUGAUGGACCAGGUGGCGCUAUACGGAACUCAUAGUCGAAUACGGAUGUCCGAGGAAAUAAACCCGAGUAUCAGUCAGGUCAAAUGUUCGGCCAUCGACAAGGAGGAUAGUUUCAUGGUAUUCAUUGAUUUGGAUGAAAAUUCUCAGUCGGUUUCUCAAUCCUUGACCAUGAGAUAACUUGGGUCAGCCUGCAUUGGAUGAAUGGGCUCUGCAUUGGUUAAAGGCUUUCUCAGAUUUGAUUUAAUCGAGCUUACCUACUUGGAUUGAAAACUGGGUAAUUUACUCGUCUUUUCUUCCUAGAAAAUGCCCUUGUGCUCUUCAGCGGUGUCACCUGUUCCUAUCGAACCCGCUGCCUCUGAGUCCAUCGCCUUAAGGCUGCCUGUUCUGAGGCCUGAGAAGGGUUGGCUUUAACAUCUCUGUGACGAUUCAGAUAUGCAUUUUGUUUAUAAUUAAUGGGGUGGUGGGUGAGCUCAAUUUUCAAUCGGAAAUUCAUAAUUUACUUUGAAAUGGCUAUUUUGAAGUAACUUGAUUCAGAAUAUGAGGUAGAUAGCCCUUCAAACGAAGGAUGGGGGCCAACCAUUGAGCUACGCAUCGGAUCGAAAGAAGAGAUCUGACGGGAAUAUGUGGUGUAACCGAAAGGAGAAUGGGUGGGCUCAGAUGGAAGCUUCUGGGGCUGGGUCACGAAUGUCGGCUGACUCUUUUAGAUGUAACGGGGUAUCAUCCUGUCUCUCUUCAUGGUCUGAGUUGUUGCUGAUGCAGGUGCGAUAAGAGAGGUGGGUUCGUCUGGAAUCAGCAGCUUGGGAAGCCAUAACGAAAGGAGAUCGCAGUGCGUCAAAGACUUCGCCGCCCUCUACGGUCGGAUGCCGCUGGUGGCCACCACCGUCAAGGCGAUAGACGGCCGCCGCAGCUGGCUCUGGUGA